AACAUUUACUGCAGCUUCAGCACUGGCUCCGGUCAUGGCCUCGCUCGUGAAGAAGAUAAUCAGCACUACGAAGGCCCCUGCACUGGGUCCCUACAGCCAAGCCGUGCUGGUGGACCGGACCAUGUACAUUGCAGGGCAGAUAGGACUGGAGCCUUCCACUGGGCAGCUUGUCUCUGGAGGGGCAAAGGAGGAAGCCAAACAGGCUCUAAAAAACAUGGGAGAAAUCCUGAAAGCUGCAGGCUGUGACUAUGGCAAUGUUGUGAAGACUACAGUUUUGAUGGCAGACAUGAAGGACUACAAUGAUAUUAAUGAUGUUUACAAACAAUUUUUCAAGGCAAACUUCCCAGCCAGAGCAGCCUAUCAAGUUGCUGCUUUGCCCAGAGGGGCCAGAGUUGAGAUUGAAGCUAUUGCUAUUCAGGGACCUCUCCAAGAUGCUUCAGCAUGACUAUAAGCAGAGGCUGGAUAUCUUACAAUGACAUUUUUUGAUUUAGUUAAUACUUGUCCCUGAUAUCUGAUUCCUACAGCUGACUAACAGCAGUAACACACAGUUGAAAUCAGUAAACUUGAAAGGUGCUUUCUUUAGGACUUACAAUGAGUUCUCUGCUGGCAAACCCUGAAAAGUGCCUGAGUCCUGCUAAAAUCAGCUGAGCCAGAUUGCAGGACAGGACCUGCCCUUUGUGGAGGUGACUGGAUAUUCAGGUAUUAAGAUACAUACCUGGGUGAAUGUAUUAGUUAUACUAUGGGUGAUCUGGACAUGGAAAACUAUACUGAUUUUUAAUAGUAUCAGAAUUUUGAAUCAGAAAAAAAUGACAAAAAUGAGAAAACAGAACACUUGAAUUGCUUAGCAUAUAUCUUCACUUCUGAGGAAUAUUACUAUAUUUGCUUCUGAAUUUUCUUAACCUCCUUUAUGUAAUAAGUUACUGUUGGGACUCAUAUUUUUUCAUAUGUAAGCAAUUGCUUGAGAAAAUUAAUAUUAAUUUCAGAAGGAAGAAAAUUAUGCUUUUCUGAAGUAAAGUAGUACCUUUAUAAAUUAGAUUAAAAUUAAUAUCUACCUGUAACCUUUUUCAUAAUCUUUUUCAUAGCAAUUCAACUUUGACUAUGUUUUGAUUUAAAAAAAGACAACAAAAAUGAAAAAAUGUUUAAUGAGAAUAAAAUAUAAUUGCAACUGCAAAAAUGUGCUUGUCUAUAAUGGGAACAAAGUGCUCUUUUACUGAUUGUGGUUUGAUACUCCAUUACAAAAAUAGUCUCCAGCUUGCUUAUUCUAUAUACAUUCUAUAUGCAAAUAUACAAAUAAUUUGAACCAAAAGAAUAGGCUUGUUAUCUACACCCUGAUAGCUAAGGAUUAAAUUCUCCAGGACAGGAAGCUUUCAGCUACCAUGUCAUUACACUUCUUGUAAUUUUUUCCUCUGCCAUUAAGGUCAGAAGCAUUGGUUUGAUUGGGUGAUUAAGCAAUAUUGAGAAGUCCAGCUGGUGAUGCCAUAACUUAUCCCAUCCUUCUGUAUUGAUCUUCUUUCAAGUAGAAAUGGAUACUGUGAGAACAGUCAGCCCUACUUACCAGUCCUAGAUUUGAUGUGAAUCAGCCAUUCCUUCUUUUCACUGAGCUUAUAACUUGUACCAUUACAAAAAAGAAAAUAUUUAUAAAGAGGUUGUCGCAGCAAAUAUGUGCAGAUAUAAGGAUUUUUUAAUAGCAUUAUCUUGCUUUCUUUGGGGUGUAGUUAUUUUUAUUAGAGGCAAGAUAAUGCCUUUGUUAUUUCAAACAGCAGCCUUCCAACAGCCUUUGAAAAAUGCCUGACUUUUCUCUAAAUAAACUCCCUAUACAUAAACUUUUAUUAAUUUUGGCUUCUGUUCUUGUUCUGUCUUCUUGGCUGUACUAAUAAUGCAUCUUAUGCUCUAUAGCUCUGACUCCAUAAGCAAUCCCACCUAAGAAAAAACAUAGACUUCUUAGGAAAGAGUUAGUACUAACUAAUAUGGCUGUGACUUUCUAGGAAAUACAAAGCAGAUGUCCCUUCAUUUUAUCAAUUAAUAAUAAUUUAAAAUAAUGUAAUUGAGUGGAGUUACAUUUAAACUUUUAAAUGGAGUUUAAUUCCUAAUUGAUAUUUAGGUUUCUCUCUUACAGCUUUGUUUAGGUGUAAUUACUUGGUUGGGAUUUAUUUCACUGAUUUAUAGGAGAUUUAGUUCAAGUUCACUGUAAACCAGCAGAUUUCAAGAGUCUGGAACCUGAGCUAACCUUUCAUAACCACAAUGAUUAUCUUACUUCUUACUGCUCACGUUCUUCCCCACUGCCUUCUUAACCCGUGUCCCGCAGCCUUUGCCCACCUCGAACCCAACACUAGAUGGCAGCUGCGACAUUUUUUUGGCAUCUACGUCCAUUAUAGCGCUGCUUGGGAGACACCGGUGGUAGGAGAGUAAAUAACACACCAUUGCUUUCCACAGUAAGGGACAGUCUGAGACCGAAAUGUAAAUUAAACACCUGGAAAAUGUUCCAUGCUGGAUGCAAUGCACAAGGCAGAACACAUUGCUUCCAUUAAGUGCAAUUCUGCAAAAACUCGGGAACUGAAUUCCCUUUUAGCUUUAUGAUUCUUCAGGGGAAGGCAGUUGUAGUUUUUAGACUAUAUAUUUAAAUCAAAGCCAUUCAAGACAUUUUCUUGAUAUGUAUUCUUCUGGUACAGGAAGUCUAGAAUAACUGAAAUAAACACUCUUAUUUACGGCUCUAACAUAGAAGUUUUCAAAAUAAAAAAAACCAGCCUUCCACAGAGAAGUGUAAAACAUUUAUUUUAUUUAAGCAGAGUUAUAUUAUUUGAUUCUAUUCCUUAAAACAAAAAGGCCAAUAUUCGUGAUUCUCCAGUAUGAAAAGCUGAUCUCUUAGGUCUUAAUUUGCAAACUACUUAGUAUAUAGACAUUUAAUAAAUCCAGUUUUAAAUAGAGAUAUGUUAAAAACUGGGGUUUUUUUCCUUUGCUAGACUGAGCUGCAUACCAAAUACAAAGUUGCAAUUCAGCUUGUGGCAUCCUGAUUUCGUCACUUAAAGUUUAUUUCGAUCACAUGUAACUAAGAACCCACAGCAAAACAGGUCUUCUCUUUCUGUGAAAGUGAAGCAAUUUAUAAAGUACUGAAAUGUGUAUGUUCUAGGAGAUGUUUCUUUUAGUAAGACUCUUUUUUCUUUAAAUUACUAUAUUCUCUACAGAUUAAACAAUGCAAAAAAUAAAUUUCAGUACCUAGUUUUAAUAAAACUGUUGUCUUAAACCACA